AUGAAUGAAGCAUUAAUUCAAAUAAAUGACGAAUAUGAAAAUAAAUGUAGACUUCCAACAACUGGAAUUCCUUUGUUUUUUGGAUUUUUUGGUACAGCAAUUGCAGAAUUAAUGAUAAGAGGAAAACUUGGAGUACAAAAACCAAAAAAAAGCUCUUUCAAUGGAAAAUUUGAUGUAGAUUUAGUUGUAUUGGAUCCUCAACCAAUCCAAGAUGAUUGUUUUUUGGCAUAUGUAUUCGAAAAAAUCGAAAAGAGACCAAAUAGAAGCAUUGGUGUAACUAUUAAUGAUCUAUCAAGAGGAUUUCUAUUUUCUAGUGAGAAAAAAGUGUUUAAAAUGGUAUCCAAUGGAUUGGUUAGUAAAGGAGUUGUCACUAGAGUCAGAGAAAGAGGAAAUUUCUUUGGAACAAGAGGAUAUAGAUGGGCAGAUAAUACUCACAAAAUUAAUUUGGAAAGUAAUUGUAAGACAUUAGCACAUACUGAUAUAAAGAUACAUGAAAAUUUUUUAGUAUCCGAUUAUGUUAGAGAAAUAAUUUUAAUGUUGACAUUGAAAAGAUAUAUUCCUGUGAUUGUUUGUAAUUAA